AUGUCAGUCGAGGAAAAGUCUACUGCUAAUAUUGACACUCACACGAGUGAAAAUUCAUCAAAUCAGUUAGAAUCACAAACAAAUGAAGAAUUAAGAUGGUAUGAUAAAAGAAUUGUUUCAUGGAUACCUGCUUAUUCUGAAGGUUAUUUCCAAAUUGUUUUAUUAGCCUUUGCAUGUUUCAUGUUACCUGGUAUGUAUAAUGCAUUAUCAGGUGUUGGAGGAGCCGGUAUUGAUUUGAAAACUGCCAACAAUUCAUCAGUUGCAUUAUAUUCUACUUAUUCAGGUUAUGGUUUCUUUGCUGGUUGGAUUUGUAACAUUAUUGGUGUUAGAUACAGUUUAAUGUUCAGUGGUGUUGGUUAUGCUCUUUAUUCUGGUUCUUUAUUAUAUUAUACCAAACACCCUGGUACUUCUGGUGCUGGUGCUUUCGUCAUUACUGCCGGUGCUUUAUUGGGAGUCUGUGCUGGUCAACUUUGGGCUGCUCAAACAAGUAUCAUUAUUUCUUAUCCAAGUGAAGAUAAAAAAGGUAGAGCUAUUAUGACUUUCUGGGUCAUCUUUAAUUUAGGUGCUGUUAUUGGUUCUGCUAUUUCUUUAGGUAACAAUAUGAAAAAUGGUUCAUCAAUGGCUUCUGAUUCAACUUAUGCUGCUUUCAUUGCUUUAAUGGGUGUUGGGGUUCUUGUUGCUGGUUGCAUUUUACCUGCCCAUAAAGUUUGGAAAGAUAAGAUUGGUGGUCAAAGAGUUAUUCAACAACAAUAUCCUCAUUGGAAAGUUGAAUUAAUCAAUAUGCUUAAAUUAUUAGUGAAAGAUCCAAGAAUUUAUUUCGUUUUCCCAAUGUUCUUCACUUCAAAUUGGUUCUAUACUUAUCAAUUCAACGAUUUUAAUGCUGCUAGAUUUAACAUUAGAACCAGAUCAUUAAAUUCGUUAUUAUAUUGGUUAUCUCAAAUGAUUGGUGCUUUCUUUUUUGGUUUAAUCUUAGAUUGGACUAGAUUUAAAAGAACUACCAGAGCUAAAAUUGGUUGGGGUAUCGUUUUUGUAUUCACCAUGGUUAUUUGGGGUGGUGGUUUACAUUUCCAACAAGAAUAUACCAGAGAAUCUGCCCCUGAAAUGUCAUUAAUUGACUUCAAGGAAGGUAGAUAUAUUGGUCCAAUGUUCUUAUACUUUUUCUAUGGUGUUUAUGAUGCUAUUUUCCAAACCUUAAUUUAUUAUCUUUUGGGUUGUAUGAGUAACAAUCCAAAAAAGAACUCCAUUUAUGGUGCUUUUUAUAAAUCCAUUCAAUCAGCUGGGGCUGCCAUUGUUUGGAGAUUGGAUUAUUACGAAAUUUCAUAUAUGAGUAUGUUUGCAAGUUGUUGGGGGUUAUGUGCUGGGUCAUUAGUAAUUGCUGCUCCUUUAGUUUUCUUCUUUGUUUCUGAACAUACUGAAGCUGAAGAAGAUGAUUUCAAUGGUGAAAUGAUCAAUGUUGCUUCUCACGUUGAACACAAAGAGUAG